UCAAAAUAAUCCUUCUUGUGGCACUCUUCUUUUUCCUGCUCCAACUUCUUUUAUUCACUUUCCGUGUCGUUUCCACCACCAUACACAAUGCCAUCAGGGGCUCAACCACCAAUGUCACCGCCAGCAUCACCACCGUCUCUGCCGUCCCAACAAACUCCACCGGAACCACCACCACCACCACCACUGAAAAUCACCCGUACCAAAACACCGACCGGCAUACUUUUAGGAAAGUACCAAUUGGGUCGCCUAUUGGGUCGUGGGAGCUUUGCAAAAGUUCACGAAGCAACUUCACUCGACGAUGACAACACCGUUGUGGCGGUCAAGAUCAUAGACAAGACAAAAACAGUCGAUGCCGCCAUGGAACCGAGAAUAAUCCGGGAAGUUUCAGCCAUGCGCCGCCUACAGCACCACCCAAACAUCCUCAAAAUCCACGAAGUCAUGGCCACAAAGACCAAAAUCUACCUUGUCAUGGAACUAGCCUCAGGUGGUGAGCUUUUCACCAAGGUUUUACGCCGCGGUCGCUUGGAUGAACCCGUCGCUCGUAGGUACUUUUCCCAACUUGUCUCCGCCCUCCAUUUCUGCCACCAAAACGGUGUCGCUCACCGUGAUGUAAAGCCGCAAAACCUCUUAUUAGACCGAAAUGGAAACCUAAAAGUUUCAGACUUUGGUCUCUCAGCUCUGCCUGAGCAACUGAACGACGGGCUUUUACAUACAGCUUGUGGAACGCCGGCUUAUACAGCUCCCGAGGUUGUCCGUAGGAAAGGGUACGAUGGUUCCAAGGCGGAUGCUUGGUCUUGUGGGGUUAUUUUAUUUGUCUUGUUGGCUGGUUAUUUACCCUUUGAUGAUAGUAACUUGGCGGCUAUGUAUAAAAAGAUUCAUCGUAGGGAAUUUCAGUUUCCAGCUUGGGUAUCAAAGCAAGCUAAAGGUAUAAUAUGGCAGCUUUUAGACCCGAAUCCGAAAACCCGAAUGACCAUGGUGAAGCUAAUGGAAACUUCAUGGUUUAAGAGAACUGUAACGACAUUAAGACCAUCAUUAUCAGACAACCAUUUGGAAAGCUUGAUGCAAGACAAGAAGUUAAAACAUGACAUGAGCUGCAAUGGGGUUACUGCUUUUGACAUAAUAUCUAUGUCGUCAGGGUUGGAUCUGUCGGGGCUAUUUGAAGGAGGGGUUAAUAAGAGGAAGGAAAAAAGGUAUACCACAACAUCAAUGGAGUUGGAUGGGGCGAUGGAGAGGGUUAGGGAAAUUGGGGAGAGAUUGGGAUAUAGGGUAGAGAAAGGGAAAAGAGGAGUUGUGGGGUUGGGGAAAGGGAGGGUGGUGGUGGUGGUGGAAGUGAUGGAGGUGGCCGAGUUGUUUGUUUUGGUGGAGGUGAAGGUGGUGGAAAGUGGUGGGGUUGAGUUUGAGGAAGGACAGUGGCUUGAUUUGGAAGCUGGACUUGGAAACAUUUUUAUUUCUUGGGACAAUACAGCUGUAGGUUGAUGAUGGUUUUGUUUUGUAACAUACAUGAAAGUCUUUCUUGUUUUUGUUUUCCAUGUUGUAUUCAUGUAAAUGAAUAAAAUUUAUAUUGAUAUAUUGAGUGAUUAAACUCAAUAAAAA